GUCGUGGGCCAUCAGUAGUGGUUUAUUUGUGAACUUUUCCUACAAGGAUAAAUCCUUAUAAGAAUCGAAAUCAGUUGUGGACCUGGAUGGGUGAUUCGGGCUUGGGCGGGCCAUGCAGCUAAGCGAGUUAUGUCACCACCUGAGCUCGGAGCUCCCCAGCCUCGGUGUAUUUUGGUCAGAGUCAUCACUAAUGUUUAGCGCCAAGAUCCCCCAUCUGCCCGAAAUAGUCCCCUGUAGCUUCCUGUAAUUACCUCAACAGCAUAACGCGGCAUGCGAGACAUAACUUCGGCAUGAGUCAACACUAAAUACUUCUGCCAAAGUAUUGUGAUCAGCCUCACAAAGCCCCAUGGUGCAUUUGUAAGCCAAUAACGACUUCGUACAAUUCUGAGUCUAAGGAAAAGAGUCAUAAGUGUCAAAAUCCAGACAAUAGUGGUUUCCCUUGCUUCAUGCCGACCAGACUCCCACCAAACAUACCUCGAAGCUUCUCUUCCUCAGCCCGAUUGCGGCUCUUUUCUCCACCAAGGGCCCAGCCUUUCACAACAAAUCACAGCAUUAGAUACCGAAGGCCUCUUUCCUUUUCACGUUCUGUUUUCAGACAUAGACUAGACGGCGCGUACUAUACCACUUCAGCCAUGGAGCCCAGCAAAGCCCAGACAAAUGGAGUGUCAACUUCCAAACCUGUGCUGUUUUUUGAUAUCGAUAACUGCCUCUACCCGAAAAGUUCACGAGUCCAGGACCACAUGUCGCAGCUGAUUGACGAGUACUUUGCAAAGCACCUCGUACUCAGCUGGGAUGACGCCGUGAAAUUGCACAAGGAGUACUACACCAAUUACGGCCUUGCAAUUGAGGGCCUGGUCCGCCACCAUGAGAUUGACCCCUUAGAGUACAAUGCUAAGGUCGACGACGCCCUUCCCCUUGAGGACAUACUCAGUCCAAACCCUGAGCUGCGCGAGCUGCUUGAAGAUGUUGAUAAGAGCAAAUGCACCAUGUGGCUUCUCACCAACGCCUACGUCAACCACGCUAAGCGCGUGGUCAAGCUGCUGGAUAUUGAAGACCUCUUCGACGGCCUCACUUUCUGCGACUACGGACAGGCGCCGCUUGUCUGCAAGCCUGCCAAGGAGAUGUACCUGAGGGCCAUGCGUGAGGCAGGUGUUGAAAAGAUGGAGGAUUGCUACUUCGUUGACGACUCUUACCUGAACUGCCAAAAGGCCCAGGGCUAUGGCUGGAAUGUAGCGCAUCUUGUUGAGGAAGAUCUUCCUGUGCCGAGGACACCUGCAUCCGCGCAUCAAAUUCGUCACCUCAGGGAGCUACGAGACGCCUUUCCCCAAUUCUUCAAGUCCAAGAACGCUUAGACUUUUACAACCAAGAACAAUGACUGAACGACCGUAGACGGAAACGAAUAGAAGGCGAAGAAGGAUCCAAGCCAGUAGUAUACGAAGAUGAAAGGCUCGGACACACG